AUGGCUCACUUAUCGCCUCCUCCUUCUCCACCCGUGGGCCAAACGCCCCCAGCCGUCAGUGCGUUGAACGUCCUGAAUGCGUCCUCCACCAGUCUCAUCCAGCGUGCGUCCGCCUUCAGCUCCGUGCUGGGUCAGAAGUGGAAUCCACGUGAUCUACUUCUGCUGUACAAUCCGCUGUUCUACUCGGGCGCGGCAUUUCCCUGGCCACAGUUCCUAUUACCCCAGCCACCCGUUACACCGGUGUCACCUAAUAUGAACGCUAGUCGCGACUACACGCUUACACCAGAGAAGGAAGAGAUCGUCGAUGAGGACAUGCCACUAAACCUGUCCAUGAAACCGUCAUCUUCCACCCCAAACGCCCGGCAUUCGAUCAACAUCUGGUCACCGGCGAGCAUGUGCGAGAAGGAAAUGGGUGACGGCGAUAACCAAAGCAACAUCGACAUCGAGAACGACGAUGACUCCAGUGCGGACCUGCAGAUCGACGAGUCGUUCGACCAUCAUCACCACCACCAGCAGCAGCAGCAGCAACAUCGCGAUCGUCAGCGUGAAACGGCACGCAUCCUUACGGAGUACAACAGCCUGCUGUUGAACGGACCUGGCCGGCAACCGACGGGUAGCAGGACCUCGCAGGACUACUUCAACUAUAGCAAGAUCAGCAAGGGUUACUUCACGCACCUACAGCAACAGCAGAAGAACCUCGAGAUCUUGCGCCAGAACCGCACGGAUCUGUUCGUUCUCAACAGCGGUGUGGACAACAACAACAAGGAGGGUGUGAAGAACCAAAACACGGGUCACAAUGCGGGUGGAAGUGCAAGGAUGUGCGUCGGUGGUGGCGGUAGUGUCAGUAGUUUCGUGGUGGGAACUGGCACCGCAAGUGAGAGUGAUACAAACGGUGAACAGUACGGGUACGGCGCGUCAGAAGCACCAUCAGCCGUUGCUGCGGCUCGACCAGACUCAACUCAGGCACAUUCCGAUAGCCCGUACGGUAGCUCGAAUGAUUCCUCUUCCCACGGACACUCGCAUUCGAUCGUCAGCACACCAGCGGGUGAAACCAAGAAAAGCGUCAAGCUAUACCAGUGCAAGCAGUGCGGCAAAACGUUCAAGCGGUCCAGCACGCUCUCGACCCAUCUGCUGAUCCACAGCGACACCCGGCCCUAUCCGUGCCAGUACUGCGGCAAACGGUUCCACCAGAAGUCGGACAUGAAGAAGCACACGUACAUCCACACCGGUGAAAAGCCCCACAAAUGCGUCGUCUGCUUGAAAGCGUUCAGUCAGAGCUCCAACCUCAUCACGCACAUGCGCAAACACUCCGGCUACAAGCCGUUCUCGUGCGGGCUGUGUGAUAAGGCGUUCCAGCGGAAGGUGGACCUUCGGCGGCACCGUGAGGGUCAGCACAAUGAGCACGGUACGGUCGCGAGUCCGAUCGAUAUGGUGAAGUACGAGCCGAAGCUAAACCACAGCCUGGGCAGCGAGCAGGACGACCUGACGGACGACGCAACUGUUGCAUCGGGGUACCACGGCGACGUCAAGAUGGAAGUGGUCAGCAGCAGUUGCUCCUGA